AUGGGCAUUGUCUGCCGGGAGCAAAUGCACACUACUCUCCACCUCCACACCCGCUCUGCCGGCGUUGUAACCAGCAACGUGAUUUCCGCGGCCGACGGUUCGAAACCUCACCGCGCCAUGACGGAGAGCCAGAGAUCAAUGACUCGGACGCGGAGACCUGGCUGGGACUCGCGGUUCCUCACGCUCCGCUCCCUCCGAAUUGGGACCCUCGCUUCUACGCGGGCGUGCCCAGCAGGCACCGUGAAGAUGCGCAGCAACUACCGCGCCGCAGACGCUUCGACCGACGACGACAGAGAUCCACGGAGCACUAUCGGUCUCCUCCUCCUGCGAGAGACAGGCUCCGGGGGGAGAAGAUAUAUGUCGAGCCGCGCGACCGGUACUCGCUCGGCAUGCGGGUGGCGCUUGUCGACGAUCCGUAUCUUCACCUUCGUCAACGACUGGAGGAAGGGGGAGAGCCUGGUUUCCGUCCACCACUGCGCGGGCUCCGCGCAGCAGCAGCGGGCGGUCGAACAGGCCUUCACGUCCGACAUUCGCCGGCAGCAUCCUUUCUUGUAA